AUGCGUUGCACUGAGGGGAAGGAGGAAAAAGGGAUUGUGGCAAACGUCAUGCUUUCAGGAUGUACUGUCUUCCGUGGCUGCAGACAGGAGAGUAGAACUCACACAAAGGGAGCCCUGCGCUCCCUGUCCUCGGCUCAAAAACUGGCAGAAAAUCCCGGUGGCCACUUGACAGGGGCAUCAAGACACUUAAAAUACUUCACGCAGGACACCAAACCGCCACCAGGUUUGGACCAUUCACGAACGGGCCAAAAAAUACACAGGCUAGGUAUGAAGCGCAAGGCCAGAUCCUUCAUAUGGGUCCGGCUGAGGGAUUUUAUGCGCAAAAGAGAACGAGGAGAACUUUUAAUACAGAAAAUAAACAAACUUCAAGAUAAUCUUUUAAAGAAGAUACAGCUGUCGGUAUCUAAGGAUGGAUUUCUUCAUUUUGGAGACACCGUGAUGCUUUUGAACCCAGACAACAAAUCCUCAGCGGAGAAUUACCCUGGAGCGUGCGGCAGUCUGACUCUGGCAAUUAAUCUGGAUGAAAUAUCCAUGUAUUCGGCCAAAUCAGUGCAAGCCCCUCGUGGAGUUAGCGCAGUCGAGAGUGUGGACCCUGUGGGUCGAAAUACUUUUUGUAUUUCAAGGGUUGAUGGAGGUGCAGUGGGUGAACCGAUUAGAUUUGGGCAAAACUUUGGUCUUGGGACAACAGGAGGGUUUUCUGACCAAAUGUUAUAUCUAGCAAGUGACCAUAAAUCAUUUAUAAGAUUUGCUAAAAAAUCUUACCUUCACCAAAUAUUUUUGACAGAUGAGCUUUCCUAUUUGACUUGCUGGCAAGCUACCUUCUUGGACCCACAGCUGCGUCUUGAAUAUGAAGGAUUUCCAGUUCCUGCAAACUCUAAAAUUAUUAUUACUCAUUGCCAUACUAACCGGAGCUUAGCCGUUCCAAGGAACUUUUGGACAAGGUCUUAUUUUGGAAAAGAAUAUGAAGUAAUUUGUCACACUUACCUGGACUCCCAUAAAGCUGAAGAAGAUAAGAAUUACUGGGUAAUAGUUACAGGAAAUCCCAGCGAUGAGGACGGUACAAUGAUUGAUAGACCCAACCCUCGCCCAGGCGGGACCAGAAAGAACGGGUUUCAUGAAGAGACAUAG